AAUGAGCCGAUGAUGGAAGACGCUGGCGGAGGCUUCGUACGGAUGCACCCCGAGAUCGUGUGGCUGAUGAACCAGGUUGCCGUCUCCAUUCUGAGGCGGUACCCUGGUGUGCACAUCUGGUCCUCCCAUCUGCCCGUCGCCAUCUGGUACCACGAGAUGUGCCGCGCACUUGGCCAUCCCAACGAGUGGGGCUUCCUCUGCCACGACCAGAUCCACGUGGGUGACUACGCGCUGGAGAACUACAAGGACAUCCUGCUGAACAGCAUGUGUGACGGCAUGGUGGCGAUGCCGGACAGCAACUGCUGCGGCAUGCGCUUCUGACGGGGAGGUGCGCGGUGACAUGAGGAGUGCCACAUUUGGCAGGAUCUUCGGUGGAGUGCCACGCUGGACACAACCUUCGGCGGAGUGCCACGCUGGUCAGGAUCUUCGGAGGUGUGCCACGCUGGACACAAUCUUCGGCGGAGUGCCACAUUUGGCAGGAUCUUCGGAGGUGUGCCACGCUGGACACAAUCU